UUAAUUUUCUCCACCACCUGAGUGGGCCACCUGAAGCUUGCACAACAGUUUUACUUCAAGCAUGUCUCGCAGAGGACUUUGUGACGAGACCAUCCGAGACUUGAUCGACGUACUCCGGGACGAUGUCUCCGACCUCGAGGGUUACGACUCUGAUGACUCGGAUGCUGAUCCAACAUUUACACGUGUGAACUUGCAAGAACUAGAGUAUGAAGAAGAUGAGUCUGUGGUGGAAGAAGAUCUACAGCCACCUUUACCCACAAAUCCAUUAGAAGAAACCCCUAGGCCAAGGAUAAUAAUUUUAAGCAUAAAGAAUCCUUUGAACCUUUGCCACCAGCACCUGAGCAUGUCCCGGAUGAAAAUGUAAUUACAGGUAAUCCCUAUGACCAUUAUAAAAGUUACAUACCUGAGUUCUUCUACGAAUUAAUAAGUACAAUGAGUAACCAAAAUUACUUCAAAAAAAACGGAAAAGAGCUAAAGACAUCACCUGAAGAAAUAAGAAGGUUUUUUGGCAUGACUAUAGGUAUGUCUUACCUAAGAUUUCCUAGAAUCCGCAUGUACUGGGCAAGUGCAACAAGAGUGCCUAUGAUCUGUGAGACUAUGAGUAUGGAAAGGUAUUUGCUCCUGAGAAGGAACCUCAAAGUGGUUGAUGAUGCUUUGAUUUCUGAUGAGACUAGGAAAAGUAAUAAAUUUUGGAAGGUACAACCUUUAAUAGACACUGUCAGACAAGCGUGUCUUGCCAACCCUAGAUCCUCUAAAGUCUCGAUUGAUGAGCAGAUGGUUCCCUUCUGGGGUAGCUGUCCUUCCCGCCAGGUAGUUCGAGGAAAACCAAAUCCAUGUGGUUUAAAAAUUUUUGUUUCUGCCAGCCCUGAUGGACUCCCUUUAGAUUUUUUUCUGUACCAAGGCGCUGGUGACAGUAUUACCGAU